AUGUUAAAGGGAGAAUACAAAGUUGGUGUACUUGGUGCUACGGGGACAGUGGGACAGAGAUUUAUACUUCAUUUACACAAUCAUCCUUUCUUUAAGCUUGUGGCUUUGGGUGCCAGCUCACGCUCUGCGGGGAAGGCGUAUAGAGACGUAACCAAAUGGAAGCAAGUUAAACAAAUUCCAGAGAGUGUACAGCGUAUGCAAGUUGAGGAAUGUACCGUCGAGCACUUCCAACAAUGUGACAUCGUUUUCUCUGGUCUCGAUCACGACGUCGCUGGCCCAAUUGAAGAUGCCCUUAGAAAUGCACACGUUGCUGUGUUUUCCAACGCUAAGAACUACCGCCGCGAUCCACUCGUACCGCUCGUUGUUCCACUCAUAAACACUUCCCACUACAGCGUGUUGCCAGCCCAGCAGAAGUCUUUGGGUCUCACUAAAGGCUACAUUGUCGCCAACGCCAACUGCUCCACUACAGCCCUCGUUGUCCCGCUCGCCGCACUCGAAAAGGCGUUCGGUCCACUUGAGCAAGUCCAAGCCACAACUCUCCAGGCUAUCUCCGGCAGUGGCUACCCCGGUCUUCCUAGUCUCGACAUACUCGACAAUGUCGUCCCAUACAUUGGCAGCGAGGAGGACAAGAUGGAGUGGGAGACGUACAAGAUCCUCGGUGGGGUGAGCGCGCAAAAUGAUGCAUUCGACUACCACGCACAAUCCCCGCUCACAGUCUCAGCUACGUGCAACCGCGUGCCUGUGAUCGAUGGUCACACUGUGUGUGCAGGUGUAAAAUUUGCAUCUAAGGUGAAACCAUCACCGCAGCAGGUCAUGGAAGCUUUGUCGGCUUACACCUGCGAUGCUCAGCACGUAGGAGCUCCUUCUGCCCCACAACAGGUCAUCACCGUCCACCAAGAACAAGAUAGACCUCAGCCACGCCUCGACAGAGACCACCAGAACGGCGCGGGUGUGAACGUCGGUCGCGUUAGAGGGGACGCCCUCUUCGAUAUCAAGUUUGUCGUUCUCGCUAAUAACGUCCAAAUCGGCGCUGCUACUUCAUCUGUCAUGAAUGCAGAGGUAGCUGCGUUACAGGGGUAUGUAUAA